UCCCUCCUUUUCCCACCUCUCUUCUACCCCUUUUUUUCUCUCCCAUCACUUCUUUCUCCUCACCUUCAACAACCCAUUAAUUUCAUUUUCAUGUAACAAAUUCUUACAUUUCACACAUUAAUGGCUAUCGCACCAUCUUUUUCUUCUCCGCCAUUAAUGAACCUUCCUUCCCACCAUUCUUCAGGAAACAGCAACAGUUUCCCUGUUAUUGCAAUCGCAGUAAUCGGCAUUCUCGCAACUGCACUUUUAUUAAUAAGUUACUACAUUUUUGUCAUCAAAUGCUGCUUAAAUUGGCACAGAAUAGACCUUUUUAACCGAUUCUUCUCUCGUGUUCGAGACCCAAUUGAUGAAAUCGAACCAUCGACAGCAAACACAACGUCUCCAGACGGUAACUCGGCUGUGCAGAAAGGUCUCGAUGAAGCUAUUAUCCGAGCAAUACCCGUUAUUAAAUUCAGAAAAUCAACUUCUGAGAGAAAAAUACACGACUUAAACAUAAUUCAGCAACAAACACCCGAUUCAUAUGAAUGUGCUGUUUGUUUAAGCGAGUUUGAAGAAGGGGAAAAACUAAGAGUAAUCCCUAAUUGUUGUCAUGCUUUUCAUAUUGAUUGUAUUGAUGUCUGGUUACAAAGUAAUGCGAACUGUCCACUUUGUAGAUCAGGGAUUUCCCCUGCUUCGAUUCUGUAUAAUACCCAGCAACAAAUCAUGGGUUUUCCUGCACCAUCUCAGGCUCAGAACCAUAAAACUAGAAACUGUGAUAGUUUUAGUGGAGAAGAUGAAGAUGGUGAUGAUGAAAAUUUUGUGGUGAUUGAGAUUCAAGGGAAUAAUUUGAAUGAACCAAGAUUAGUUAGUAGGGGAGAAUCGAGAGAAAGAAUUAAAGGGAGGAAAAAAUUAGAACAUGUUUGUAGUAUGGGAGAUGAAUUUAUUGAUAUGAGAAAAAAUGAUGAAGAAUUCAAAGUAGAACCAAUUAGAAGGUCAAUUUCUAUGGAUUUAUCAAGUAAUAGAGAUUUUUUCAUUGAAAUUCAAGAAAGUUGUAGGAGUAAUAAGGAUGAAAGUAAUAAAGUUAGAAGAUCUAUUUUUUCAUUUGGUUCAGGAAGAAGUUCAUCAAGAUGCUCUGUUCAGCCAGUUCAUUUGGAUCCAUGAGGGUUUAUUUUUAUUUUAUUUUUUUAUUGGGAUGGGGUUUUAUAAAUAUUAUUAAUUUUGUUUCAUUAGUGAAAUUUAGGGUGUACAAGUUUUUAGAUAUAUAUUUGGAAGGGUGUGAGAAAUAGAAUAGGUUGUUAAAAACACAAAUUUGAUUAAGAUUUAUUUUGGAUUAAUUGGUAACAUAUCACAUGUUUAUUUCUAUUUAUGACAUUUUAUUUGAUAGGGUUGAUUACCUAAAAUCAAUAUUAUGUUUUAUUGAAGCACUAAUAGCUUAUAAUUUUGUUUCUGCCUUUUAUAUUUGAUAUUAUUCCC